UUUUAAUAAUAUUUCUUUAAAAAUUACUAUGGGUGAUAGAAAGAACGAAAGCAGAGUAAUCAAGAUGUCAGCUAAUGCUGAAGAGAGAGGCCAUGCUAACGAAGGUGGAGCAUCUGAGCUGUACCAGCUCGGCUCCAUGGCAGCUGGAUUCUUAGCCUUCAUGUUCAGAUAUAAGUGGGGGCCUUGGAUUUGUAUGCUGUUUUAUUUAAUGUCCCUUGCAAAUAUGAGACUCGAGAAUAAGUUCCAGCAGAUCUUCACAUCUUUGGGUAUUGUGGUGAUUUCCUUCGUAACCGUGUAUGUGACUCCUAACAGACCACCAAUGCCACCCCCAACAGUUGACGUAGACGAAGCUUUGGACGAGUAAGAUAUAAUCUAAACACUUUCAAUAUUAUG